CAACGCCAUUAGGGCGUGUCUUAAUAACACCAGCUUGAUGAUGAUGAGCUGCUGAGAGCUGAGAGCUGAGAGCUGAGGUGUCAAGUGGAGCCCAUGAGAGAGACUUUGCACCGGAAUGAGGCUAGAACGGGGAGUCCUGAUGUUGCUCAUCCUGAUUGUUGCUUAGAAAAGGGGAAGAGGCAUGGCCCUGCAGGCGUCUCCAUUUCCUAAUGGGUUUGUUGCAGGCAUCCAUGCUGUGGGAUGGGCAUUCAUCCUGCCUUGCUUCUGGUUUCUUGAUCGCAUCAUUGUUGUGUGCAAGUCCAUCACCCCGGAGCAAAGCCAGCGAGCGGAGCAGAGAUGCCACCUACAUCCCCUCAAGGUCUUCUUCGGCUUCGUUAUCUUCUUCAUUCUUUUUCUCGUUACAGCCCCCUUGGCCUUCCUGGGAUUUAUGCUCUGGGCACCUCUUCAGGCUUGCCGCAGGCCCUUUUACUACCAUAGAGAGACACCAUCCUCACCAGAGAAGGAGACGCACAGGGGCUUUGAGCUGGUAGGAAAGGCAUCAUUUGGAUUUGCCACAGCCAACCUAUGUCUGUUGCCUGACAGCCUGGCUCGUUUCAACAACCUGGGGCACACCCAGCGCAGGGCGACUGCCAUUGGUCAGCACAUUGUGCAGGGUGUGUGUCGACCCGAUAUCCGCAUCUUUGUUGACUCCCCCAGCAGCUGCGGGACUCUCAGCCCCUCCAAUAGCGUACUCCCCACAGUUAACUCUAAAUAUGGGGCUACUGAUAGAAAUGCACAGCCCCCAGUGAGUCAUCAUUCCGAUUCAGCUGAAGUAAAUGUUUCAUCCAUAAAGUCCAAUAGUCAUGUGGUCUGUGUGCCCUGUGAUGAUACAGAAGAGCCCUCGACUGGCUCACCGUCUCCCCUCUUAAAUUCCAAUCACAACUCCAACCAGCAGGGCCGAGCAGGUCAUCGGACUGCUCCCCGAGCUUUGCUCUCCCAAGGUCUCCGCCAGCAGGACGAUGUACCCUGGGAAGUGUCCACAUUGUUUCCAGCCAAUGUGGACAUACUGUGCCUAGAAGAGGUGUUUGAUAAGAGGGCGGCACAGAAGCUCACCCAAGAACUAAAACCUGUGUUUGGACACAUACUGUAUGACAUUGGUGUGUAUGCCUGCCAGCCACCAUGCAGAUGUUCCUCUUUCAAGUUCUUCAACAGUGGCAUGUUCUUAGCCAGCCGGUUCCCUGUUCUCGAAGCCCAGUACCACUGCUUUCCCAACAGCCGUGGGGAAGAUGCACUGGCUGCCAAGGGCCUCCUUUCUGCUAAGGUGCUAAUCGGGCAGAAUCAGAAACAGAAGAACGUGGUUGGCUAUUUUAACUGCACACAUCUUCAUGCACCAGAGGGUGAAGGGGAAAUUCGCUGUGAGCAGCUGAACAUGAUUACCAAGUGGAUUGCCGAUUUUCAAGCUGCCAACAAACUGCCUGACGAGGACGUUGCUUUUGAUGUGCUCUGUGGAGAUUUGAACUUUGAUAACUGCUCACCUGAUGACACCCUGGAACAGAAUCACUGUCUGUUUGAGGAAUACAGAGAUCCUUGCAGGGCAGGGCCUGGAAAAGAGAAGACCUGGGUCAUUGGUACUCUGCUGGAGCAGCCCACAUUGUAUGAAGAUGACAUAAUCACCCCAGAAAAUCUACAAAGAACCCUGGAGACAGAGGAUCUAAGAAAGCGCUAUAUCAGCCCUCCUGUUCCUGCAGAGGACCGCCCGUUGGUUUAUCCUGAGACUGACCAGCCGUGGAUUGGACGUCGGAUCGACUACAUCUUAUACCGCGAAAACUCCAUUUCAAAGCACUGCCGAACAGAAAUUGAAGAGGUUACCUUUAUAACCCAGCUGGCUGGCCUUACGGACCACAUUCCUGUGGGCUUGAGACUGAAUGUAAUUAUGGACUCUACUGAUUAAUGACAACUAUGGUGAACACAGCGUCACCUACAAACAAAGGGAACAAAAUAUACAAAAAUGGACAUUGCUCUGAUCUAUUCAGGCACAACAAUGUACAUACUUGAAUUUGUGGUUUCUAUGACAAUGUGCUGACCAAUUAGAUUAUACCUCAGGUGGAAUUGAAAUGGAUUUAUUAAAACUUUAUAAUGUUUACAAUUUUUAUACAUUAAGAAGCCUAGUCAAGGGCUGAGGUAUUGAUUUUGAAAAACAAUAUAUUUUUAGGAUUUUUCACUGAGAAGUUUUUCCUGAAGAAAUAAAUGUAAAGAAUAAAUUUUAUACUGUU